AUGCAAUUCACAGCCCGAAUCCUCCUCCUCCUCCUUAGCGCAGCAGCAAGCAUUCAAGCAAGCUGGACAGUUCCUGCAGAUCAACCCGAUGGCGUCUACUCUGUCAGUGUCGAUGAAGCCGGUAUUGCCCACCACGAAUUACUCGAGCCGCCAACUGUGGAGCGCCGUGCACUUGUCAACAGUGCAAUUUCUCCGAAACCAGCUUUGCUUUCUCGUGCCGACAUCACAAUAAGUUGCCCAGGGUAGUGUAAUUCUCACCUCUGCAUCAGAACCUGUCACACACCUUUAAACUAACAACCAACAGAUCUCAACCAUGGGGAUACCGAUGCGGUUGUCGGCAACCUUAAAUCCCAAUGUGGCAGUGGCGGCGUCAUGGGCGCUCAUCUGUCUUACUAG